UCUGCAGAAUGUCAAACAAAGAUCGACACAUUGAUUCCAGCUGUUCGUCCUUCAUCAAGACGGAACCCUCCAGCCCGGCCUCCCUGACGGACAGCGUCAACCACCACAGCCCAGGUGGCUCUUCAGACGCCAGCGGGAGCUACAGUUCAACCAUGAAUGGCCAUCAGAACGGACUUGAUUCGCCACCUCUCUACCCUUCUGCGCCUAUCCUAGGAGGUAGUGGGCCUGUCCGGAAACUGUACGAUGACUGCUCCAGCACCAUUGUUGAAGACCCCCAGACCAAGUGCGAAUACAUGCUCAACUCGAUGCCCAAGAGACUGUGUUUAGUGUGCGGUGACAUCGCGUCUGGGUACCACUAUGGGGUAGCAUCCUGUGAAGCCUGCAAGGCAUUCUUCAAGAGGACGAUUCAAGGUAAUAUAGAAUAUAGCUGCCCUGCCACGAAUGAAUGUGAAAUCACAAAGCGCAGACGUAAAUCCUGCCAGGCUUGCCGCUUCAUGAAGUGUUUAAAAGUGGGCAUGCUCAAAGAAGGAGUGCGUCUUGACAGAGUACGUGGAGGUCGGCAGAAGUACAAGCGCAGAAUAGAUGCGGAGAACAGCCCGUACCUGAACCCUCAGUUGGUUCAGCCAGCCAAAAAGCCAUAUAACAAGAUUGUCUCACAUUUAUUGGUGGCUGAACUGGAGAAGAUCUAUGCCAUGCCUGACCCUACUGUUCCCGACAGUGACAUCAAAGCCCUCACUACACUGUGCGACUUGGCCGAUCGAGAAUUGGUGGUUAUCAUUGGAUGGGCGAAGCAUAUUCCAGACUUAGCUUUGGAACCAAACCCUUCUGACCACCCAAGGUCAAGCACAGUUUGUCUGAGCAAAUCUCAAACAGAGGUGCGGGAAAAGACGAAGAGCAACCCUUUAAACCAUGUUCCUAUUAUUCGGAUGUUGGAAGUCUUAGACUUACCAGAUCGGCGGAUUCUUAACCACUGCGCCACCAGGGAAGUCCCAUUCCUUCUUCCUGUUUUGAUCUCUUACUUGUUGGGGGCUUCCCUCAAACGAGUGAUGGUCCUUGGCUGUCUGUUAAGAUCUAAUUGGAAGCAUCACUUGGACAACUCGUUAACUGAUGGGCCUCACUGCAAGGAUUUGGGGACCACGCCUCUGAACUCUGAGCCUGCCUUGGGUUCCGUAAGACAAACUGGUUUUCUUGUUCCUGUCCUAGUCACUCUCUGUAGGUACCAAGGUUGUGCUUCCUCUGUUCUGCCAUGUCAGUUACCACUCCUUUAUCUAGUCUUUUCACCUUUCAAACAUUAAAAAUCAUCUGCUGUUUAUCCUGUCUUAUGUAUAGCUUUUUUAAAAAAUGCCUUUAAUUCUACUGAGAUGAUAUCUGAAAGAAGGGGGAGAGGAAAUAGAUUUGUGGUCAGUCUACUCAAACUUAGAUUUAUUCUUUGAAUAUAGGUUCUGAGUUUGAAGUUUAAUUCAAUAUAAUUAACGAUAUUAAUUCAGACAAUAUUUUGGAUUAUACCUAUAAUUAGAAUAUUAUACUUUUCUACUAAGGCCUGGAGUAUGAAUUCUAUUCAAACCACUCACCCUACCAUAUUGUCCAUUAAUGUGCAACAUAGAUGGAGUAUUACAGACUUUUCAGUUAAAGUCAUUGAUUCUUAAUAAACGUAUCCAAAACUUGUGAAAAGGGGGAAGAAAAAAGUGAACUUCAGCUUUAUUCUCUUUUUUUUUUUUUUUCAUUUAUAUACUUUUAUUUGGGAAUGUUUAAAUCAAUACAGAGAAAACUAAAUUUCAGAGACACUGAAUAUCAUUAGUUUGGAUAUCAUUACUUUCUUAUAAAAGAAACACGGAAAUUAUUUACAGGAUGAAAGAUUUCAGAACUUCAGUGGCAGCUUCACGUGAUGCCAUUGGGGGAACGGGCAGCUUCACGUGAUGCCAUUUCAAUAGUGACUUAUUUUCGUCGACAUAUUUUCCAAGAAUGUCACCAUCUCUAAAUAAGAAAGAAUCCUUGUCAUCUAGAACUACUUUGGUGCCUCCAUAUUCUGGGAGAAGAACUUUAUCUCCAACUUUCACACUAACUGGUUGAAUCUCUCCACCCUUUCCUUUAGAGCCUGAUCCAACAGCUACUACCAUUGCUUGCAAUACUUUUCCUUGCGAUUUUUCUGGAAGCAUAAUGCCUCCUUUGGGUACAACUUCGGGUGCACUUCUUUCAACUAAUACUCGGUCAAAGAGGGGAAGAAACUUUCUAAAUGCCUGUCCUGCCAUGACUCGGGUUGCCGCACUUCGUACUCUCGCUCUCUCCAGCUUUAUUCUUUUAAUGGGUUAAAAUCAGAGGCAGUGGGCACAGUGGGAAGAGUCAUUGGGUGGGGGCAGGAUUUCAACAGGUACUUGACCUUUAAUGAUAAGCUUUGAGGGUUGUUACUUACUAACCUCCUAGGUAUGAUUAUUUUCUAGUCUUCACCAUUAAACCUGAAGUCUACUAAGCAACCUUUCCCCUUAUAAAGAUUGUAAAAGUCCAUGUAUUUUGUCCUUAGUGCUGAAUGAAGAUAAAUACUCUUCUUCAGUGACCAAUUGAAAUAAUACCUAUGAACAUUAAACUGUCAGUAGUGUUUUUUGCUACUUGUUUUUUUUUUUUUGUAUUUGCAUUUUAUACCCUUAUGUGUGUCAGUGCAGUUUAUUGAGGUUGUGAGCCAGCAAUGGUAAGGCUUUAAUCAUAAAGGACAGUUAUCUUAAAUUUUCAAGCAAGAUGAGAGGAAAGUAAUCUGCUGGCAGCUAACAUAUCUAGGCUUUGCUCAGAGGCUUCAAUUCUGCCAUCCUUUAGUGAACACUAGAUGCUGGAAAGUUUGAAUAGUUUCAGGAGUAGGCCUGUGGAAGUGUUUCUUUUGUAGGAUCGAGCCAGUAGACUGUAAGUUGCUGAUACAUUAAAUGAGCCCCCAUAGGACUAUAGACCACAUCUAAUUAAAAAUUUUAAAUGUUUUAGCAGUACUAUUUCCAAAGACAAAUCAAUAUACAUUCAUAAUAGAAAAAAAAGUUUUUAAUAGAGGAAAACAGGAUAAAUAGCACCCAAAGCUCUACCAACUAGUCUAUAUUUUGGUACAUUUCCUUACUAUUUUUAUUCCCCUCAUAUAUAUAGAUUUUUGGUCAGAAUUGACUUUUAUUACGUGUAGUGUAUGUCAUAUUAUACCCUAAUAGUAGUGACCUUAAAAGAUAACCUGCUUCGUUUAGAAUCAAAGUAUUUGAAUGAGUGAAUUUUCAUUUUUCAUGCUGUAUCUGUUUUUUGAGAUUCUAAAAUUACACAUUAACCAAAUAGCUUAAGGACCAUAUCAGAGUUUUAGUUUAAAACAUUUCUAGCUUGAAGGAGAAAUUAGUCUUCCAAAUAGUGAUACUUUUCAAAUAUGUUACAUCUAGAACUUUUUGUUAAUAAGGAAUAAGUGGCUUUGCAUAAAGCAUCUGAAACAAGCAAAAUGGUGUUUUAUAUAUGCCAUUUGGAUAUUUCUGAUUAUUGGAUACUGGCAAUUUUUACUUAAAUGCUCUGUAUUUUAAAAAGCAUCAACUAGAUUUUCUCCCUGCCUCACCUUUCAUGUAUUUGUGGAGGACAUUGAUGGGAGAGUGUGACAGCAUGGUGAAAACUGUUUUAUAUUAAUAGGAGGAAGGAAGGCUCAUCUGAAUUAGUAAACAAACAAAAACCAAAAACAAAACCCAGCUUUAAAAUUGUUUGUAUUCUGUGGUAUUAAAGAAUGCUACUCUUCCUUCCAGUGGCUUUCAGUGAUUGGGAUUUGGUUAUUGGCCUUACUUUAAGGAAGAGAGUUGUCCUAACAUAGUUUAGGCCAUUUUAGUAUUUGACUAUUGCCGUGUUCAUGGGCUCUUCACAAAUAAAUGGAUACUUCUAAAGUGUUUUAAAGAUAGUUCAUUCUCUAGAGGGUCUCAAAAAGUUCUUUGUCACCUAUCCAACACCACUGUAGAUAAAUUCUCACGAAUUUGUAUCUUUAGUAAGAUUUACCUCCAGUUGUAACUGAUCUUAAAUAAUUUCUCAAACACUUGUUGAAUCCUAAUUUGUCCCAGAUUCUGUGCUCAGUAGCUGGAGGUAGGAGAAGAAUCUUCCUAACCUGGAGAAGCUUGUUUACUUAAGAGGGUGGUACUAUGCAAGCAGCUGAGACCAUGGAACAGUUGGUAAAUUAGAUGUGUGAGUGUGCAGAAAGCGAGAAGUUUUGUGGUGUGCCUGCUGGCAGAGGGAUCCUAGAGGAAGAUGGGGUCAAGCUUGCUGGGACAGGAGGAAGAAAAAGGCACUGCAGGCAGAGAGCAGCAUGGGUGAGGCAGGAGUGUCAAAUAACACGUAGAACAGAAUUAGUACAAUUUUGAAAUGAAUGGCAAGUAUUCUCUGAGGUUCUCACUUGAGUAAUGUCAUGGCAGUCUUACUUAAACAUGAAGUGAGAAGUUAAAUUCUCAGAGUUGUUUUAUCCGUUUUUUUUUGGAUGCGAGAGAAUCUUUAAGCAGUACCUUUUUGUCCUCCAGAUAAGGAAGUUGAGGCCCAGAGAGACUUAUGGCCCCCAGCUUUUUAGUGAUAGAGCAGCCCUGGCAUGCCCAGCCUCUGAUUCGAAAACGUUUGUUUCGUCACACUGUCUCCUGAACUAAUACAUUUAUUAUUGGUGUUCGUUUACUGCAGUGAAAUGCUCCUACAUCGGUAUUACAUAAAGCAUUACGUUUUAUUGUAGUAAAUGAAUAGAAAUAGGAAAUCUCAGCUGCAUUUCAUUGCUUAAGGAAAAAACCCUGAAAUCUUAUUCUAAACUUUUUACAUUAUUAUAAAGGUAAUUUAUAAUAGGCGCUUGCCAGGUUUGAUUAUAGGUACUAUAUCAAGGCAGCAUUUUAUAACCCAUUUCUCAAAGCUCGUCUGUGGAAGUCAGAGUAUAGAGGUUUCCCAUAGAGCUGCACAUGAUAUCACACUCAGGCAGUUCAUGGAGUGUAAGAAAAAUCUUAAUGUUUUAUUGUUUGACAUUUUAACCAAGGAAAAAAACACACUUUAUAGGUUUAACUUA